AUGGCAUCUAUCUCACCUCUUUCCUUCAAUGUUAUCUCUUCCAACUCAAACAUUUCCUCUUCUUCCUUGCUUCCAUUACACAAAUAUUCUCAACAUAGCAAACAAUCAAAACGCCAUGUGAUCAGAUGUAGUGUCAAUAAUAGCAACCAAAACAACCCCAAAGAAGAUCAAGAACUACCAAACAUUGUAGGACAUAGGAGAAAUGUCCUCAUAGGCCUUGGAGGACUUUAUGGUACUUUUGCCACUAACCCUUUUGCCCUAGCUUCUCCAAUAUCCCCACCAGACCUUUCCACAUGUGGUCCACCUGACCUACCCUUAGGUGCUACCCCAAACAACAUUAAUUGUUGUCCACCAAAUUCCACAAAAAUUGUUGAUUUCAAAAUCCCUUCUUCAAAUCAACCCUUGAGAACAAGACAAGCAGCACAUUUAGUCAACGAUGAAUAUCUAGCAAAAUACAAAAAAGCCAUUCAACUCAUGAAAGCCUUACCUUCCAAUGAUCCACGUAGUUUCACACAACAAGCAAAUAUCCAUUGUGCUUAUUGUGAUGGUGCUUAUUCCCAAGUUGGUUUCCCUGACCUUGAUCUUCAAGUUCAUAACUCUUGGCUCUUUUUUCCUUUUCAUAGAUGGUACCUUUACUUCCAUGAAAGAAUCUUAGGUAGCUUGAUCAACGAUCCAACCUUUGCUUUACCAUUUUGGAAUUACGAUACUCCAGAUGGCAUGCAAUUUCCAUCCAUUUACACUGACAGUGCAUCACCUCUUUACGACAAACUCCGAAGUGCGAGUCAUCAACCUCCUACACUCGUAAACCUAGACUUUAACGAUGUUGAUGGCGAUGCAAGUGAUCUAAUCGCCAAUAACCUUACUAUAAUGUAUAGACAAGUUAUUUCUAAUGGAAAAACCUCAAAGCUUUUCCUUGGAAACACUUAUCGUGCCGGUGAUGAAUCCGAUCCUGGUCCUGGAUCAGUAGAGAAUGUUCCACAUGGCCCUGUCCAUAGAUGGAGUGGUGAUGAUACUCAACCUAACUCUGAGAACAUGGGAACUUUCUAUGCAGCUGCAAGAGAUCCUAUCUUUUUCUCUCACCAUUCAAACAUCGAUAGGUUUUGGUCUAUAUGGAAAACACUUGGUGGGAAAAGAAAAGAUUUCACCGACAAAGAUUGGUUAGAAUCAGCGUUUCUUUUCUAUGAUGAGAAUAAGAAUCUUGUUAGGGUUAAGGUUAAGGAUUGUCUUGACUCAAAAAGCCUAGGUUAUGUUUAUCAAGAUGUUGACAUUCCAUGGCUAAAUGCUAAACCUACUCCAAAAAGAACACAAAAAAAGGUGCAAGUUGCACAGGGAAACUUGUUUGGUAUUGGUGAAGCACAUGCAGCUGAGACUAAUGAUAAAUUAUCAACUUCAAGGAAUUUUGUUAAGUUUCCAUUUGUUUUGGAUAAUGUUGCGAGUGCUAUUGUGAAGAGGCCAAAGAAAUCAAGGAGCAAGAAGGAGAAAGAAGAAGAGGAAGAGGUUUUAUUGAUUGAUGGGAUUGAGUUUGAUAAGAAUAAAGCCAUUAAGUUUGAUGUUUUUAUCAAUGAUGAAGAUGAUAAGGUGAUUGGGCCAGGGAAUACUGAGUUUGCUGGAAGCUUUGUGAAUGUGCCUCAUUCAUCGCAUGGACACAAGAAGAAGAAGAUUAAUAGUUGUUUAAGACUUGGAUUAACUGAUUUGUUGGAAGAUUUGGAUGUUGAAGGAGAUGAUACAGUUGUGGUUACAUUGGUUCCAAGAUGUGGGAAAGGACUUGUCAAAAUCAAAAACAUCAAGAUAGUGCUUGAAGAUUGA